CCCCGGCAGCGGCCCCAGGGAGCGGUCGGGCCCAGCUGCGGCAGCGCCCGGGGGCUGGCAGGGAACGGGGCCCCCUCCUCACCUGGGGCUCCCGGGGACGGGCGGCCGCGAAUCUGUCCCGCCGCGAGCUGCGGGGAAGGGAUGGGCCCUCUCUGUGGUGGUGUUGGAUCGCCAAGACCCAGGUUCCCCUGAGGGAAUGAAUGGGCUCUGGCUGCUCUUUAGAUCUGGGUCAGCAAAAGUCACAUGGGAAACACAACGUGGUAAAAAAAAAGACAAAAAGGUAAAACCACCAGAAACAAGCCGUUUAUUGCCCAAUAGUUAAAUAAAGGACCUUGGGGCUCUCUCCUCUCCUUUCCCCCGCACCGUCCCAGUCCCUCCACCACUUUGGUGCUACACUUUUCCCUUUCACUUACUUUUGUGCGGAUGUGCUUCCCUAAGCAGUGCUGGGACGCUGCUGUGGGCAGUCACUCAGGGCGGGUUAAGCUUGGUGAGCGCCCUGGGUGUGCUCUGAGAGCCAAUUAAAUAUGUUGCAACCUGGCUUAAAUUAGCAAUCCUUUUCAAAAGACUCUUUGUAUCGUUUAGGUUGGAAAAGACCGGUCAGCACCGCGGCUGUGCCUGGUGUCAGGGCUAAAGCUCCACUUUGGUGCUGGGCUGUCGAGGUGCCAGUAACUGGACACUGGAGUUUAACUGGGGGUGUCCGUGCAGCAUGGCAGUGAAGUGGGACGGCGGGCAUUCCUCCUCGGUGCUGUGCCUGGACGCCAGCGCGGAAGGGCUGGUGGCCUCCGGCGCGGAGCGGGGCGAGCUGGCGCUCUGGGAUGGGGGCGGCUCGCCCGUGGCUCAGCUGCGGCUCCCGCAGGAGCAGGACGUGACCUCGGUGGUGUUCUCCGCCCGCCGCCCCAGCACGCUGUACGCCUCGCACGGAGAAACCAUCAGCGUGCUGGAUGUCCGCUCCCUCCAGGAGCCCCUGCAGCGCUUCCACGUGAACGAGGAGGAGAUCAACUGCCUGGCUGUGAACGACACCGACAGCUCCCUGGCGGCGGCCGAUGACUCGGGGACCAUAAAGGUUGUGGACUUGGAAAGCAAGAAAGUCAGCCGGUCCUUGAGACACUCCAACAUCUGCUCGUCUGUUGCCUUCCGACCUCAGCGGCCUCAAAGCCUGGUUUCCUGCGGGCUGGACAUGCAGGUGAUGCUGUGGAACCUGCAGAAAGCUCGUCCCUUGUGGACCAUGAACCUGCAGGAGUGUGACAUGGAGGAAGAGAGCUCACAGUCAGCUGGGCAGUUCUUAAACCCACCUCUUGCACAUUCCCUGUCCGUCGCCUCUUGUGGCAACAUCUUCAGCUGCGGAGCUCAGGACGGUAAAAUCAGAAUAUUCCGAGUCACUGGGGUCAGGUUUGAACGUGAGCUGGAGUUCCAGGCUCACAGCUUGGGAGUCUCACAGGUGCUCUUCAUGCCAGAGGCAUACUGGUUGUUGUCUGGAGGAAACGACGGGAAAGUCUUGCUGUGGGAUGUCAGCAGCAACGUCGGGAAGCAGCAGAAAAGUCCAGCAAAAUCUCUGCACAGGAAGAAGGCCCAAGCAGCUGCUUCCAGCAGGAAAGAUGGGAAGCUCAACAAAGUGGCCUCAAAUGAACAGCCUGGAGUUGUGCCAAAGCUCAGCAUUGAGCACGGAGAGAAGGUGAACUGGCUCUCGUGUGCAGAGAUCAAAGGCUCCAGGAGAGUGUUGGUUGCUGACCAGACCAGCUCUGUAUCAGUCUAUGCAUUGCCAGAACCUUAAGGCACCUUUAAGGUGCCUUAAGAACACUUGAAGUGUUUACAGAAGUCUGGGGGAUAAAACCACUUCUCAGAGCCAGUUCCACCCACUGACAGUGAACUGGACAGUGAACCCCUCUGGCUCACUGGGAAGGGGAAGGGAUUUGCUGUGCACUGGUGGUGUCCCUGGCCUGGUGCUGGUUCUUUGUGGCUGUUAUGUUCACAGCCACUGUCUCAUGCAGGGUUGGCAGUUCGCUGCUUGAAUUUAAGCAAAACGGGUCUCUGUCUUUAGGGGUAACGUUAGUUCAUGACUAAGCUGAUGUAAUUAUGCUGGAGGAGAAAAUUAGUGCUAAGGAGACACCCACAAUGCUGAGUGAGGCUGCUGAACAGAAGCAGGACUGUCACUGGCUCAGCUCUAUGUGGUUUGGGCUGCUGCAGUGCUCUGUGUGACUUCCCAUGAAGCUGUGUCCCAGUUGGCAUAAACUGGUCAUGGUGGAAUCUGGCUUUCAUCACUCUGUCAGCAGCUGCAUAGACUAGAGAUGCAUCAAUUAACAAAUAAUCAAAUGAGUUUCCCUGUGGUUGCCAAUUUUUUCAUUGCAGCAAAAGAAGGAGCAGGGGAACUGUUACACCUGUUUGGUGGGUCAGCAGUCAGUUGUGUACCCCAGGGAAACAGAACUAUUUCACUUGUCUUAAUAAAUGCUUUCUCUCUCAGUGUUC